AUGGAUUCGGACUAUGUCACAUCGCUUUAUCAUAUCAGAUCACAAUUUUCUACUUAUGUUACAAUUCCAAUUUGUAUUUUGAGUAUUAUUGGUGAAAUAUUUAGUAUUAUUGUUUUUCUUAGUCUUAAAACAUUUCGACAAAAUUCAUGUGCAUUUUAUUUAAUGUCUAUGUCAAUAUUUAACUUUAUUCGAUUAGUGUUCAGUACAUUAUUUAUAGUAAUAUCAUCAGCAUUUACUAUCGAUUGGACUUUUGCUUUAUUUUAUUAUUGUCAAUUUCGUAAUUUGAUUGUUGCAUCUUGUAACUUAAGUGCAAUAACGUGUUUAUGCUUAGCUAUUGCAGAUCAGUACUUUGCUACGUGCUUGCGUCAUCGUUUACAACAGUGGUCCAAUAUUAAAACUGCUUAUCGUGUCACAGGAACCAUUGCGAUCAUUUGGAUUCUUCAUGCCAUACCUUAUUUCAUAUAUUUCAAUCAAUUAUCAAUGUCAAAUACUGCAGUUUGCAUUACGAAAAAUCCAAUUUUUCUCAAAUAUCAUACUUAUGGGUAUUUUCUAACGUAUGGGAAUCUUUUCCCAUUAAUUGCAGUGAUAUUCGGUGUGAUGUCUUUUCGAAACGCACGUAAUUUAACAACUCGAGCAAAUCUACUUGUUCGACGUGAAUUAGAUAAACAAUUAACAAUGAUGGUUUUGGUCGAAAUUUGUGUUUAUGUUUUAACUUAUAUUCCUUACUCAAUAUCAAAUGGAUAUUCAACGCUCAAUACAAAUCGCGAUCCAACUUUGCUCGCACAAUUAAAUUUAAUCAAUAUUGUUACUAUGACGUUAUCUAUUAUAAGCAACGGAAAUUCAUUUUUUAUAUAUAUUUGUGUAUCAAGACGAUUUCGCCGCCAGGCAAAAUAUGUUUUAUAUGAAAACUGUAGAAAUCAUAACUCAAAUAAUCGAGUUGCUCCUGAUCACGCAGAAAUGCAAGUCGUCACAGAACGUAUAUCAGCGGCUAGGGCAGGAUGUUUGAUAACAAGAAGACCAUCGCUUGCCACAGGAAUCACAUCGGGUGCACGCGAAGGUAAUGGUAAAAGUGAAAUUAUAUUGCUCCAACUCAAAUAA